AUGAAUCGGAAUCUGGAGGAGAACCAUAUCAACUUAAUUGAAGGAAACGAACAUAGAGAGGAAGAUUCUUCUGAAAAUCGUUGGCUUAUUAUUAAUACUACUGGUGAAGAUAUAUUGGUAAGAAGAGGAGGGUUCGAUUUUUCAAGUACAAUUUCCAUCUCUAAAUUUGCAUUUGUUUUAAAUGAAAAUUAUUACAAACAUGAUGUCAACUUCGUAGAACUGUUUACUAACUUCAAAAUAGGUAGAGUAAUUCGUAACCAAAGAAAAGGUGCUGGAUCUAUCUUCACCUCGCACACCAGGUUGAGAAAGGGUGCUGCUAAGUUGAGAACUUUAGAUUAUGCUGAACGUCAUGGAUAUAUUCGUGGUAUUGUCAAGCAAAUCAUUCACGACCCAGGUAGAGGUGCACCUUUAGCUAAGGUUGCCUUCCGUGACCCAUACAAGUACAAGUUAAGAGAAGAGACUUUCAUCGCUAAUGAAGGUGUUUACACUGGUCAAUUUGUUUACGCUGGUAAAAAGGCUUCCUUGAAUGUUGGUAACAUUUUGCCAUUAGGAGCUUGUCCUGAAGGUACUAUCGUUUCUAACGUUGAAGAAAAGGUUGGUGACAGAGGUACUUUAGGUAGAACUUCUGGUAACUACGUCAUCAUUAUUGGUCAUAACCCAGAUGAAGGAAAGACUAGAGUUAAAUUACCAUCUGGAGCUAAGAAGAUUCUCUCCUCUGAUGCCAGAGGUGUCAUUGGUGUUGUUGCUGGUGGUGGUAGAAUCGAUAAGCCAUUAUUGAAGGCUGGUAGAGCGUUCCAUAAAUACAAAGUUAAGAGAAACUCGUGGCCAAAGACCAGAGGUGUUGCUAUGAACCCGGUUGAUCACCCCCACGGUGGUGGUAACCAUCAACAUAUUGGUAAGGCCUCAACUAUUAAGAGAGGUGCCGUUCCAGGUCAAAAGGCUGGUUUAAUUGCUGCUAGAAGAACCGGUUUAUUACGUGGUACCCAAAAGACUCAAGACUAA